UUCUGACUGAUCCAAUGGAAUUACGCGCCUAUAUUAGUCUGUUGUACAGUGUCAAAGCUUUCAUAGUUGGUGGCACGGUGUACUAAGCAGCUUCCUUGAGGGUACAGAUUUACAGAUCUAAGUUUCCGUACCGACAAAACUACAGAUCAAGUAGUCUUGACCUUUCUCGUGCAUGAUGAAUAUAAGCUCGCAAUCAGCAUUGCUAAUUCUGAUCCUGUUUGCCGGAUUCCAACUCAUCAGUGGACAAGCGGGUUCCUGCGAACAGAUAUCGAAUUCGACCCGAUCCCAAAUCUGCCUGACAGGAAAGUGUGACCUCCAGUGCGGGAAUACUGCGGGCUAUUCUCAGUGUGACCAGGUUUGCGUUGUGGAACCCUGCUCCAAUAUCAGCUGCAACUCUUCCAGCUGCUAUCAGCGGUGCCUGUCAGGAAAGUGUGAUUCAAUUGAAUGUUCCGGCGACGAUUGCACUCAGACAUGCCUUGGAAACUGCUCUCUGGUGAACUGCACUGUAACAUCAAAGUGUAAUCAGCACUGCGAGAAGGGACACUGUGGUUUACUCGCCAGCAGUGCAGGCACAGUUGUCCAAAAUUGCGCCGAGAAUUGCUCAGAUGUGAAGUGUGAGGCUAAAAGCUGUAGGCAAAGCUGCGACGGGGAGAGAUGUGGGCUGGGGUGCUCCAAAGGCACCAAGGACUGUACACAGAAUUGUAAGGGGCCUUGCAAAAUGCAGUGCGAAGCUUCAAAGUGUGAAAGCAACUGCAUCGGAGGCAACUGCAACUUGGAUUGCAUGAACAGCGAUUCUGAAAUUUGUCAACAAACCUGUGCAAAAGGAGCCUGCGAUAUCAAGUGCAAAGCGAAAAAGUGCAAAAGUGAUUGCUAGGGAGGCAAAUGCGCUCAUUUCUAGUGCACUGCUGACCAAGGUGACUGCAGCCAGGUCUGCGAAAAAAACUGCACCAACAUGAGAUGUAAGGCAAAGGAGUGUCAUCAGACCUGCACUGAAGGAUACUGUAACAUGCAUUGUGAGACGGGCUCAGACAUGUGCAUUAUGUCCUGUCCUGGUGGAAAUUGUUUGUUGGAGUGCAACGGAAGUGAGUGUAAACGCGAUUGUGAGGGAGGCAGUUGCCAGAGUACCGGAACAGGUAAAGAAGUACAGCGGACUACUGUGAAACCGCCAGAGAAUACAAAGCCUAAAGGAGACGCAAUAGGAUUGUUCUUCACGUAUCUGUCCUUCUUACUGCCUGUGUUGUUAGCGCACGUCCUGUCUGGUCACUAAUCCUAACCGUUCUGGAUAAAAACUUCCACCGAAAGUAACGCUUGUUAUACAACACCAUUCUUAAUGGCUCGGGUAUUUUUUUUUUUCACUAAACAUUGUAAUUUUUGCCUAGGGCUAAAAAUUUCGUGAACAUUGUAUUUUUCUAAACUGUAAGCUGUAUUAGUCGUGUUUGCAAAUCAGCUGCUGUUUUUCGCUCAUUUAAAACAUCCAGCACAAUUUUUUUUAGUCUAGUUAGUCCGUACUGUUUUGAAAUUUGACCGCAUGACCCACGUAUCUGAUGAAAAGCUUUGACAUAGUUAUGAGUGAGUGAUCCGCACCGCGGAGCCUAAAUACUGCUGAUUAAUUAGAUAUUUAAGAAGAUGUAACCUGUUGUGUAUUAAGGUUCGUUAUACCACUAUAGAGUAGCGCGUGUACAGACCAAGUGCUCAACACAACUGCUUCAUUAGAAUACUGAUGAACUUAAUGUACAAAGAUGGAUAUAUGGAUAAUCACGUGACUGCGGUUAAGGGUGUGCUAAACAAUAGAAUCAAGAUUAUGUAAUGGCUGAGGCAUUUAUCCAAUAGGAACAAACACUUCAUAUCUGUUCCUGUUUUAGCUCAUGUAAGGCAAUACAGUGAAUAAAAUUCAUCAAGGUAAGCAUUGAUUAUUUCCCGGUUAACUGAACUUGAUUAUCAAGCAGCCAAUUAAACAUGAUUAUGAAAGAG